CCUGGAGAACCAGUACAAGACCCUGCAGCAGAAGAUUGACAUCAUGACCGAGAUGUACCAGCAGAAGGAGAACGCUUUGCAGCAGAAGCUGACCAAGGAGGAGUUUGAGCGCCCCAACAAGGAAGACCGGCUGACGGAGAUGGACGGCAAGGCCCUAGAGGAGGAGGUCAAGGUGUGUAGGCAGCGUGUUACGGAGAUCCAGGACGAGCUGAAACGGACCGUGAAGUCCUACAAAGCCCAGAUCAUUGAGCAGGAGCAGAAAUCUCACGAGAACUGGGUGAUUGCACGCGCCACAGAGCGAGCUCUGUUCGACGAGAAGAAGGAAACAACUAACCUUCAUAACUUACUGCCUGACAUGUCCAGCAAGCUGAAUGAGCUCCGUAGGCCUCUGUUCAAGCCCACCCCUGGGAUGGCUCCCAUGCCUCUCCGACUAGGUGAUUCGUACGGGCCCUCACCUGUGAGUGGAGGUGCCCCUUCCCCCCCCUCUCAUGAUAGAAGUUCACGGAUGCGAAGGAACAAGCCCUAUCAACUCUCGACCUCAGGGUCCUGGCUCCCUGCUGGUCUCUCCCAUCAGCUCCCCCCCCCUGACUCAAGUCUUAGAUCAGUCAUCAGCCAUCCCUCCGGACUCUGCUACCGUCCCCUUCCCGGAGCCCACCACAUCCCUCCUCCCCCACCCUUCAUGCCUCCCGUGUACCGACCAGACAACGGACACUCAGGCAUGAUGCCUCCUGGACCCCCACCGCCUAACGGACACCCGCCUAGUCCCAUGAUACCACCCGGACAUCGGCCUCCACCUCCUGGGGCUUACGGUCCCCCUUCCCCACACAACCGGUACCUUCCUCCACCUUCUCACUAUGGACCGGUGCCUCCCCUAUUCGGACCCCCACAUACCUACGUGCACUAUGGACCACUUGAUCACUCCAUCCCACUCCGACACCUGCCCCCUGGGGUGGCCCCAUUCCCUCCUCAUGUCGGCCCCAAAGACUUCCCUGUGCAGCCACUGGUCCCAGAUGGCCAUGACUCUUCAGUGGGCCCCCAGCCCGGCGCUGGCCCCCAGGGCCAGGGGCAAGACUACAGCUCCCAGCAGGCAACAGCUGCCCCCCAGGACUCAGUCAGCUCUGCCAUGGCAGAGCCUUAGACACCUACCAAACGUUAACGACCCAGCUACAUUUAAUCAACCACGAUUCAUCUCUUUAUUUUUUCAUUUUCGUUUUUAAUUGGCUGAAAAUAAAUAGCAUAUGAUAUACUUGCAAACAACAGAAGUAUCUAAAAAGUUAGUGUUCCUAUUAAAGCAUCAGAAAAUCAAUGUCUUAUGUUUCGUGUCUGAAAUGUAAUAAUGACUUGAAGAGGAGUAGAACUGAGGCUUGUUACUCUGCAAGAAGUCCUAUUGUGCAAUAACAAUUCUAUUGUAUGACUGAGGAUUUUAAGUUUUUCAAAGGGUAUUAUGUUUAUUUUGUAUUAAUUUCACAAUGUUAUCAUGGUUUCCUGUGGAAAUUAUUCAAAAUAAAUGGACCCCAAGCUUUUGGGUUGCUUGAUCGAUCAUUUCAGAAGUACCAUAUUAUCUUAACUCUUCCCCAAACUCUCUUCAGAAUGAACUGAAAAGGAAAGUUGUGUAAGUUGAAAGUCAAAGAUGUAUUUACUGUUCUUAGGAUAUUUUAUUAAUAAAACUGGUAAAAGGUACUGCAGUUGUCUAUUGUUCAUAUGAAGCAUGACAACUUUUGUGAUCCAUUUUAGUUUGAAAGGAAAUGUCUGACAGUGCAUUUUGUUUUGUAUAGGUAGCUAUAUUACAUGUGAAAAGCCAGUAAUCACCCACUAACUGAACACCUGUCAUAUGACCUUCACAUUUGUUUCUUUUUUUGAUCUUAUGUUACAUCAGGGAUGCAUCACAUUUUUCUAAUUAUUUUCAAUAAAAAGAAAAUAACAAAAAAAUGUUGCACGUGACUAAAGACUAUUUGCAUUAAAUGUAUAUCAUUGCAUGCUUUGGUUAGAAAUGUUUUACUCUCUGUAGGUCCCAGAACGUUUCUUUGUACCCACCGACAAUAUUUACCACUACCAAAACACUUGAGUGAUUAUUGGCAUAUCUGGAAUGUUAUGAUGUACACUGUUAUCGAGGCUGUCAAAUGACUGUGUAGUGGGGCUCUGCUCUGCCUGUCACCAACAUACUGUACACUGAAAGUGGUGCUGAGUGAAUGACACAGGGAAAAGUAAGGGCAUACAAGGGAUUGAUGAGUCUUAUGCUAUAGUCCAGGAUUUCCCAAACUCAGUCCUUUUGCCCUAGCGCUACACAGUU